AAAACUCAGCUGAAGUCACUCAAGAUAGAGGAUUAUAUGGAGAAGAUUUAAGAGUAUUUUAUAAGAAGAAAGUUAAGGAAGAUGAAAAGAGCAAAGCAGAAACAGAUCGCUUAUUAGCUACUACCUAA